UUGGACUCGACAUACUGCACCCCAUACGACAGGUCUUUUAUUUAAUGCAAUGUUCCCUCGGUUUUGAGCAACAGCCUUCCACUUAUGCUACUGAUAAAUCUAAGAUUACGUAUAUUAUAGGGUUGCUUAGUGGGAGCGCUUUAGCUUGGGCCACCACUGUGUGGGAGAAUCAAUCUGCCAUUAACUCCUCAUUUGUUAAUUUCAUUGCUAAGAUGAGGAAAGUUUUUGACUAACCUGUUCAGGGUAAAGCUGCUAGACAUCUACUCCAUAUCCGCCAGGGUUCCCGUAGUGUCGCCAAAUAUUCUGUUGAAUUUAGAACCAUAGCUGCUGACUCCGGGUGGAACGAUAGCUCUCUGCAGGGUUUUUUUCUUAAUGGGCUCAGUGAAAUAAUUAAUGAAGAAUUAGCUGCUCGAGACCAGACAAACGCCCUCGAUGCCCUAAUUUCCUAGGCCAUAAAGAGAGACAAUCGCUUCAGAGAACAACGUAGAGAGAGGGCUAUUUGUCCCCCUACUGCUUCACACCUAUCCGCUCCACCUGUUGUAAGAAAUGCUCACCCUGGUCCACCUUUUGUCUGCCCUGCUAUCAAUACCUCCCCUUCAGCCUCAGCAGGAGAGGCUGUUUGCCUUAGUUGAGCAACAGGUUUCUCCACCUGGAUCACGAAGACGUAUUGGAGAAAAAAGCACCAGAACUGAGGCAAUAUGUCUGUCUACAAGAAUCAGCAGCCCUCUCUAAAGAAGUUCCGACUGAGUUUUUACAUCUGUGCAGUCGUUGUCAUCCUCUAUCUCAUCAAGCUGAUCUGGAACUACUGGCCUGACAGGAGCUUCCAGUCCUGGAUCCCACCCCGCCCAGCACCCCUAAAACCCAUCCCAGUGCCUCCACAAAGUUGUUCAGGGAAAAUAGUUCCUCGGGAACAAAAUGGGACCUUCGUGGCAGUCAUCGGGACGAAGACACAGCUGGUAGCAGCUUAUUGGGAGCACCGCACAGGAAAAAAAGAGGUUCGUGUUGUUGCAGUGAUGCUGAGGAGCGAGACAGUAGACUAUUACUGCCAUCUCUGUUGUAAGGGCAAACUGAACAGCGCUAAAGGUGUCAUCGACAUCAUCCCUUAUCACUUUGGCUUUGCGUACGGGACAGCAUACAUCAUGUGUCCUCUCCCCUCAGGCUGUGAGACCCCAUCUCAUAUUGCUGUGACCUCUGCUGCCGACUCUAAAGACAAACUUGAGUUUUUGGAGGUGAAGAACAAGAAGGCGAAAAGUGACUCCUUUCCUUACAACUUCGCCGUCUGCUUCUCCACCAUGUAUCGUUUCAGCAACGUGCUGCAGUUGGUCCAGAGUUUGGAAAUGAUGCAGUUACUGGGGGUGAACAGAGUUGUCAUCUAUAAGACCAGCUGCAACGACGAUACACAGCGCAUUCUGGACUACUACACACGCAAAGGUUUAGUAGAGGUGAUUCCUUGGUCUAUGUCCAGAUUUCUGCGUGUAUCUCGAAGCUGGAAGCCUGAUGUCAGUCCAGGUGACAUCCACUACUACGGCCAGAUCCCUGCUCUCAAUGACUGUAUUUACAGAUACAUGUACCAAUCCAGAUACGUGGCCCUGCAUGACACAGACGAGCUCAUACUGCCCCAGUCAGUCAACAGUUGGUUGGAGCUGUUGCCGCUGCUGGAAAAGACAUAUGGCGUUGACAGGGGUUACAUGUUUGAGAAUUACGUGUUCCCCAUCAGGCCGCCUCCUCCCUCCAAAACUCCGCCCCCGCAGAACCACGACUGGAAGAAUGUGUCCGGGGUGAACAUCCUGGCUCACCUGUACCACGAACCCGCCACUUCACUGAAUCGAUACAACUGCAAGAUCAUUGUCAAUCCUCGAGUUGUGUUCUACACGGCCGUCCAUGGAGAGAUGAGCCCACAGAUUGGUUCCAGGGUUGACAGUAAAAUAGCACGGAUGUACCACACAAGAGCUCCAGCACAACCCAAGCUGACAGCAGACCAGCUGAUUUAUGACGACCGACUGCUGAAGUACAAAGACCACCUCACACGGAGUGUCGAUACUGUGCUCAGAGACAGUGGACUUCUACCACAGAACAGCACACAGUAGCCUCUGUUCGUAUCUGUGUGAAUGUGUGUGCUUUCAUCCUUGUGACAAACAAUCUGGAAAGGGAGGACAUUUUGUCUCUUCCUCACCUCUUCAAAGGGCUGUCUGAGGUAUAAGACUAUCCACACAUGAUUUAAGACACAAAAAAUACACUGCUUUGAAUAAUUUAUCUCAUAUUGUUUCUCCACAAAACGUUUAAUUACCUCAUUAAAAAUUCUUCAAAUUGCAAA